AUUAUUAUAAGAAUGUACAAAUUCUCAUGAUAUUUUUGCUCGAACCGAUCCAACGGCGAGGAUGACUUGACCGGUUGAUCGGUCAUCUCAAACUCCAUCAAGACCAUACGAAGAUCUCAUACACCAUCUUCUACAUGCAAGAUUUUUUUUCUUGUGAGAAGUUGGGAGGGCGGCAGUGGGCCAUUUUCUAGCAGGUCAUGUGCUGCCCAAUUUACAUUGUAGAAAAGAGCUAAAGCCGCGUCGGCUCGCUCAACCACAUGGCCAUGCCAAGUGCCUGCCCCCCGAUCGGACGACCGCGGCCCGCCCGAUUUGGACCGGGGAGUCCAAAAUGUCCGGCCGGGAUUGCCCUGGCCCACAUGGGUGCGCCCCAUUCCCCCGACCGGCCCAGUUGUCCAUGCCGCCCCAGAGAAAGAGAGCCUGGACUUGGAGACAUUGGGGCCCCUCUCCAACUAUUCCUUUCCCUUUAGACUAUAAAAUACCAACCCCUUGUGGACUCUCACCACCUUUAUAUCAAACACAAACCUCUCUCUUUUCUCAUCACCCCUACAUCCUCCUUAGCUGGAAAACUAAUCAAUAACCUUAAGUUACACCCCUCCCUUUCAUACACAAAGUCACAUUUCCUGUAAGGUUAUACAGUUGGAAUCGAGCUAGAGGAAGAAGGGAAUGGAAGUUGCAGCGAGCGAUCUCGAUAACCUCAAGGCGACCGAGCUAAGACUAGGAUUGCCCGGGAGUGAUGCACCUGAGAAACCGGCACCAGCGAGCCCAAGGGGUAGCAAACGGGCACUCCUGGAGGCCAACGAGGAGCAUCGGCCGGGCAAGAGCAAGUCUUUGGAGGCUGACUCAAGGGACCAAGAAGCUCAACCUGUGGCUAAGGCACGAGUUGUUGGAUGGCCUCCAAUUCGAUCAUAUAGGAAGAACAGCUUCCAAGCAAGGAAGGCGGAGGUGGAGGCGGCCGGAUUGUUUGUGAAAGUUAGCAUGGAUGGAGCUCCUUACUUGAGAAAGAUCGAUCUCAAGUUGUGCAAGGGUUACCAGGAACUUAGAGAGGCCUUGGACAACAUGUUCAGAUGCUUUUCUAUAGGCGAGCUUUCAGGGAUGGAAGGAUGCGAUGGACCGAAGUAUGCCAUCACCUAUGAAGACAAAGAUGGCGACUGGAUGUUGGUAGGAGAUGUUCCAUGGGAGAUGUUCAUCUCCUCUUGCAAAAGGCUGAGAAUAAUGAGAGGAGCUGAAGCGAGGGGCACGCGAUCAAGUCCAUGACACCACUCCUACCUGCACAUAAGAAAUGAAGAGAUGGAAACAUCAAGACUCCCUUUUGCUUCGUUCUCCAAGUUCAUGAGAGUUUGUAAAUAAAAAACGAACACUCGGAGUUGGUCCUCCCGAGCGGAUAAAUCUCGUCAUUUCCCAACUCACAAAAUCAAAAAGAGAAACAAAAGAAAAAGUACAUGACAGCAUACCAAGUAGAUGGUCUUGGAGUUAUUUAUCUUGUAUUACUUUCUUUUUUGAUACGUUGUAUUACUUUCAUUUGGAUGUGAAAAACGGCACACAUAGAGAUGAAGGCCAUGCUCUCAUGCAUCUGUACAAAGAAAAUUACUUGUUUCUCAUCUGUGUAGAAAUUAGCAUGUAAUACAAGAGAAUCUAAGAUCAAUGAAACAUUUUGAACUUUCAAUGCCA